GCGCAGCCGCUGAACAAGUGGGACGUUCCCGGAACAAUCGCUAACCGGAAGGGAAGGCCAGAGCCUCAGAAGAAGAAGCAGAAGAAGAAGACAGCCGCCGCCGCGAGAGAGAAGGAAAAAGUAUCGUGUGGUCUCCUCCUCCUCCUCCCACGGCUCUUCCAUCUGCCUGAUCUCCACCCGCCCCCCCCACCAGCCUUCCUCCCUCUUCUCCCGGCUUCUUCUCUCCUCCCCCCACUCUCUCCCCCCGGCCCCCGUUUUCCCCACCAUGGCGGGGCGAGGCGGACCGGCGCGGACCAACGCCACAGCGGCGAGCAACAAAAUCUGCCAGUUUAAGCUGGUGCUGUUGGGGGAGUCGGCGGUGGGAAAGUCCAGCUUGGUGCUGCGCUUCGUCAAAGGACAGUUCCACGAGUACCAGGAGAGCACCAUCGGCGCGGCCUUCCUCACCCAGACGGUAUGUUUGGAUGACACGACGGUGAAGUUUGAGAUCUGGGACACCGCAGGACAGGAGCGGUAUCACAGCUUGGCCCCCAUGUACUACAGGGGGGCCCAGGCCGCCAUCGUUGUCUACGAUAUCACCAACACAGACACAUUCACACGUGCAAAGAACUGGGUGAAGGAGCUGCAGAGACAAGCCAGCCCGAAUAUUGUCAUCGCGCUGGCAGGAAACAAAGCCGACCUGGCCAACAAGAGAGCCAUCGACUUCCAGGAAGCUCAGGGAUAUGCGGAUGACAACAGUUUGCUCUUCAUGGAGACCUCAGCCAAGACGGCGAUGAAUGUCAAUGAGAUUUUUAUGGCUAUUGCCAAGAAACUUCCCAAGAACGAGCCUCAGGGAGGAGCGGGCGGCGGUGGGCGAGCCGGAGGCGGCGUGGUGCUGACGGACGGAGCAGCACAGGACCGAGGCGGCAACUGCUGUGGUCGCGGCAACUAGCCAACACAAGUCAGCUGAUCCGACCAAUCCUCGAUCAACAAGACCAGAUGUCAGCCAGCUCAAUGCCCAACGUCCCAUUGGUCAAACCACACCACCCGAUCAGCACCAAUUAACUGUCCGGCAAAUAAGUCCAGUGGCCAGUAAAGUGCCCGGCGCCUCUUGACGGUUGAACCAACCAGCAGGCUUAUUUACGCAGUCCUAUUUGAACCCCAGGACUUCCUGUCCAUGAGCUCUCUAUUGAUGGUGGACACUUGACGUUGCCUGGGGAGGUGGAGAGGGGGUGGUGAGCGAUUAUGUCAGCAAUGGAUGAAGAAAGAAAAAAAAAAAAAAUCAGUCAUUACCAAUGGCACUUACUAUGGCCAUCUUGCCUAUCGUUUUUUUCGUAUUUGUGUGGGGGGGGGGGGGGGGGAUUACAGGAAUUUCUAUAAGCAGGCUCAUCGGCCCGGUCCUUUCCCGCCUGUCCCCGGGUUUCUCCAGCACCGUAUGUCUAGUGAGAAUUUCCAACAUGGUUGUGUGACACCGUCGAAGCAGCGCAACAGGCCUCCGCUUUUCUGGCUUGUUCCUGGAAGAGAUGGAAAGAAAAGCUUCGUAACAGGAGAAUGGCAAUGGAUGGAUAUUUCCUUCUUGAUGGAAAUGUAAUAAUUCACACUAUACAUUUCUAUCACUAUUAUUACUUCAACUUCUUUUGACGCAGGCUGUUCAACGUGAUUUUGAAACCUUUAAGGUUUUUCAAUCGCCUAUCUGUUAUCAAAGCACAUACAGUAAAUAGUCACCAUAAGUAAUUUUAGCAUUUAUGUAAUGUUUUUGAAUUGUGUAAUUACAAAUGCAUUAAACAAGACCAAAAUCACAACUGUGUUGACAAUGUUGCUGUAUUUGUACCAGACUCUUCAAGUGUAUCAGUAGUCCACUUUCGAACAACGUCUUUCUAAUGUCUGCAUUAUGUUUUGUCCACCUUAAUUAUAUUGUCGUUUUCUGAAGACCUAUGGUAUCAAAUGCACUGGUUCUGUCUCAUCUUUGUGAAUCGGGAUGUUAUUGUCUGCUUUCUUUCCUUUUUUCUUUUCUGUUUUGCUUUCAACUGUAAUGUCCUCAUGUUAUGGCAUCAACAACUAGCACAACAGUACCUGCGCAGCACCACCUGCUGUGAGGAGGGGGGCAUCGUGGGUAGAUAAAGAAUCAAAAAAUGUAAUUCACCAAUAAACAGAUCUUUUCUGUAUGACUGCAA